AUUGCAGUUUUCCACCCCCUUUGUCCCAGAGAGGAUCGGUUCGACUAUGGCUGUCACCCGUCCCCUUUAAGAUGAUGUCGGAAAUAAUUAUGUAUUGUUUAAUUACUUAACACUUCUUUCAUGUCGGUGGACAUACACUUGGGUCGCGCAACAACAUUAGAAAUCAGGCACCAUAGAAGUCGAGCAUGACAAUAUAGCCCAAAAAUUGCUUCAUUAGGUGUCUAUGUUGAAACUGCGUUUUCUUCUCUAACAUUACUUUAGUUUCCAGUGCUUCUUCAUACAAUACUACCCUGGGACAGUAGCCUAUGUUACAGGAGGAUGGAAUAAUCGACAGCCGACAGACAGAAGACGCAUAGGAAGAGUAAAGGGAAUGCGGUGAAAAUCCAACUCAGUUCGGAACACUGUUCCCUUUAUCCCCUGCAAUGUUUUGGCUUUACCAAAACGGACGUUUGAAAGUGACAGUGGGCAAUCGUUAACCUACCGGAUGUAUUAUAAUAUCUGACGACUAUAGUAACACUGGAAAGGGAUAUUUCCCACUCCAUCUGAGGAUCGACCACAACCUCUCUGACCCUCAGUCAUGACAUCACCUGAGUCCCCCAUCCCCUCCCCUUCCCCCUGUCCGCCUCCCCCCCUCCCCUCUUCUCCCACUCCCUCUUCUCCCGCUCCCUCCUCCUCCCUCCCGCUUCCCCCCUCCCUGCCUCCCACAGGGGAGGUGAUGGUCCUGGCCCUAGGGAGGAAGAAACAGAGGAUGCUCAUCUGUCUCUCCCUCUUGCCCAAUCUCUUCCUGGCCUUCCUUCUCUCCUCGGAUCCCCUGCUCACCCUCGCGUCGCCCCACCACUGCCGCCUCCCGGGACCUUCGCCUGCCCCGCAGGUCCUCAACGCCUCCCUGCCCUGGGAGAAAGGGGGCAGAGUGGGUGACAGCGGGGGGCUGUCUCAGUGCAAGCAGUAUAUCAACGGUACCCAGUCUGGGGUGGAGAACUGCGAUGCUGGCUGGGACUACAAUGUCACAGAAGGAUUGAGAAUUAACAUUGUUACUGAGUGGGAUUUGGUGUGUGGUCAGUACUGGCUGGUCCCAGUCGAGGAGGUGUCCUUCAUCCUGGGUGUUCUGACAGGAUGCCUGGGACUGGGCUUUGCUGCUGACAGACUGGGCAGGUUGAAGACACUGCUCACCUCGCUAACCCUCUCGGUGGUAUUUGGCGUGCUCGUGUGCGUCUCUACCUCCCCCCCUAUCUUUAUUGUCAUGCGCUUUUGCCUGGCUGCUGCUAGUGCUGGUGUCUACCUCACGCUUUACAUCACACGUCUUGAACUCUGUGAUCCCUCACUACGUCUGCUGGUCACCAUGGUGGCAGGACUAACUACGGUUUCUGGGGAGCUGCUGUUGCUGGGUGUUGCUCUGUCUUGCCAGUCCUGGAGGGGCUUACUCGGAGCGGGGGCUGCACCACUCUCUCUGUUCCUCACCUACGGUAUUCCAGGAGUAUUUCCUGAGUCUCCUCGCUGGCUUCUUCUCUCUGAGAGAUCAGCUGAUCUGAAUUCCUUCAGUGAAAGAAGAGAUAGAGAGAGGGACGACGAGAGCUUCACAGAGUUGGACUCGGAGCCGUCUCCCUCUACUUACCCUCACCUGUCCUUCCCAGAGCUUGUACACAGCCGGAACAUCUGGAAAAACAUGUGUGUGCUCGGCUUCACCUCGUUCAUUUCCCAUGGCAUUAGUCAUUGUUACAGCUCAUUUCGGGGUGAUGUCAGAGGCACUGCCCCCAGCUUCUAUUGGACCUAUCUGCUGUCCGUCUGUGCGGGAGGAGGGGCCUGGCUGUUGUUAUGGGCAACCGUGAACAGGUGCGGUCGCCGUGGUAUCCUGCUCCUCGCCAUGACAAUGACAGGGCUGGCAUCUCUGAUUCUCCUCGGACUGGUGGAGUAUCUAAGUGAGACGGCCAUCACUGUGUUCUCAGUGAUGGGACUUUUCUCCUCCCAGGCGGCUGCCUCUCUCUGUGUCCUCUUCACUGCAGAGAUCAUGCCCACCAUCAUCAGGGGCAGUGGCGUGGGCACGGUGUUGGCCCUGGGCUGCGUGGGCCGCCUCACCUCGCCCCUCAUGGACCUGCGCAACCACUACGGCUACUUCCUGCACCACGUGGUGUACUCCACCCUGGCCCUGCUGGCCGUGCUCUCCAUCCUGCUGCUGCCUGAGAGCAAGAGGAAACCACUGCCCCAGACGCUGGCCGAUGGGGAGCAGUACCGACGCCCCCCGCUGGGCCGGAGGAGGAGGGACAACGUUCCCCUGCUGGCCACCCCCAACCCAGAGACCUAGCCGCCCAAAUGUCACACUUCAGUCAUAACGCCAGCCCAGAAUGUCACCAGGUUGGAGAGAAAGGAAGAUGGGUGAAAAGGAAGAGGGAGAAGUGUUGUCUGGUUAAGAUGGUUGUGUAGAGCCAGUGAAGGGACAUGGUAGAAACAACCACACAAUCUACUCUUCCUAACAUAUCAUUUUCUAGUCAUUCCUAACACAGGAGUGUGGGUGGGUGGGGCGGCCAUGCGUCGUUCGUCUGUCUCCAUUUCUGCCAAUGAAGUGAGUGUGUGUGUGUACGUGAAUGUGUGUAUGUGCACGCGUAUGUGUGGCCCCGGUCGGAUGGCGGUGUGGAGAGUGCUCGUCAUGCAGUGACCUGUCCCCCCUACCUUUCCUAUAAGGCCUGUGUGUCAGGGAAGGGCAUCAGCUGCUUCGUGCUCAUGCUCCAGAACGCCCACCUUUGAUGUGUAUGAUCUGACAGAGCAUGGCAUCACACACAGCUCACAGAGGCAGAUCUACUGUCCUGUAAAUACCAUAAACCUAGUUUCUUUAACUGAAUGAAUGCUGGCUUAUCUGUUGAUAAAAAACAGUAGGAGUUUUGUUACAUAGUGCUGGAUCUUGGAAGAGUG